GGCAACGUCGCCGAAUAAGCAAAGCAAAAAAAGGGGAGGCUUGACAGACAAUAGCAAUACCAAGCUUACACGCGGCGGGGCUUGGUCGUUAAAAGACGUAGUCUCACGAGGCCAUUAACUUAGACGGCUAGCCGGAGCUGGAGAGUGAAGGGAGUCCUCGAGAGUGCAUGUAGGCAUGUACAUGAGACGUACCGGAUACAGAGAACAGUUAUCAGCAAACCUCGGUGUCUGCUCCAAACACCAAGCUGGGGAAUGUUCGGACUGACUGGGUCGGUGAGAAACCAAGCGUUCAUCCCUACAAUCCGAGCGCCACCAAAGCCACAGCGCGUCAAAGCUUGGACACCAAGCAGGCCUGUCGGCAACCCUAGUGCUGCUUGUAGAUGCUUGCGGACUCGUCACAAACGUUGGCCGAAAAGCACAAAAAAAGAAAAGCCAACAGAAUUGUAGCG